AUGCCGGUAGUGGGAAGUGGAGCGCGCCGGGGACGGCCACCGAAGCGACAACGACAGCCGCAGGGGGAACAACAACAAAGUCCGGUUGAAGAGGAAGCGAUUGCAAAUAGGACGAGACGGCGGAGUGCAGCUGCAGCGGCUGUGAACGAUAAGGUUGAAGUGCAGGCGGCUGCGGUAAAUGAGAACGUAGAUGUUGCUGCAGUGGUGAAGGAAGGGAAAGCGAUAGAGGAGAAGGCGAUGGAUGAGUGUGAUAACGGAGGUCACAGCAAUGGCAAGGCUGAAGCUGGUGAAGAGGACAGUAACGCAUUGGUUAUUCCUGAACAGGUUCAAGUAGGCAAUUCUCCUUUAUAUAAAACAGAGAAAAAACUUGGCAAGGGUGGGUUUGGUCAAGUAUAUUUUGGUCGGCGCAUUUCUGGUGGAAAUUUGAGUGAGAGAACUGGACCUGGAGCUGUAGAGGUAGCUAUAAAAUUUGAGCACACAAGUAGUAAAGGAUGUAACAAUGGACCACCAAAUGAGUGGCAAGUAUACAACACCCUCGGUGGAAGUCAUGGUGUGCCACAGGUACAUUACAAGGGCAAGCAAGGUGACUAUUUCAUCAUGAUUAUGGAUGUUCUAGGACCUAGCUUGUGGGAUGUUUGGAAUAAUUACUCUCACACCCUGUCCACUGAAAUGGUUGCUUGUAUUGCCAUUGAAGCCAUCUCCAUAUUGGAGAAGAUGCACUCUCGAGGGUAUGUGCAUGGAGAUGUGAAGCCUGAGAAUUUUCUGCUUGGCGCUUCUGGGACACCUGACGAGAAAAAAUUGUUCCUGGUAGAUCUUGGCUUAGCUACUAAAUGGCGGGAUAGUACAUCUGGUUUGCAUGUGAACUAUGACCAAAGGCCUGAUGUUUUCAGGGGCACAGUCCGCUAUGCAAGUGUGCAUGCACAUUUAGGGAGAACUGGAAGCAGGAGGGAUGAUUUGGAAUCUCUUGCAUAUACAUUGAUAUUUCUUCUUCGAGGCCGUCUUCCUUGGCAGGGAUUCCAGGGAGAAAACAAAGGAUAUCAGGUUUGCAGGAAGAAGAUGGGGACAUCUCCAGAGACCCUCUGUUGUUUUUGUCCCCAGCCUUUUAAAGAGUUUAUUGAACAUGUAGUGUGCUUAAAGUUUGAUGAAGAGCCUAAUUAUGCAAAAUACAUUUCUUUCUUUGAUGGGAUUGUUGGUCCAAACCCUGAUAUUAGGCCACUUAAUACAGAAGGUGCUCAAAAGCUUGUUGGUCAUAAAAGAGGCCGGUUGGCUUCAGACAAUGAUGAUGAACAACCCAAAAAAAAGGUUCGAAUGGGGUUGCCCGCAAAUCAGUGGAUUAGUGUUUACAAUGCUCGUAGACCGAUGAAACAAAGAUAUCACUACAAUGUGUCAAGUACAAGGCUAGCCCAGCAUAUUGAGAAAGGAAAUGAGGACGGCUUAUAUAUUAGCAGCGUUUCUUCAUCUCAGGGCCUAUGGGCCUUAAUCAUGGACGCAGGGACAGGUUUCACUUCCCAAGUUUAUAAACUCGCUCCCCAAUUUUUGCACAAGGAAUGGAUUAUGGAGCAGUGGGAAAAAAAUUAUUAUAUCAGUGCAGUUGCAGGAGUUGUUAAUGGGAGUUCACUUGUAGUAAUGUCUAAAGGCACCCAGUAUUUGCAGCAAUCAUACAAAGUUAGUGAUUCAUUUCCUUUCAAAUGGAUUAACAAAAAGUGGAAGGAGGGCUUUUAUGUAACUUCAAUGGCCACCGCAGGGGCCAGAUGGGGAGUUGUUAUGUCUCGUGGGGCAGGGUUUACAGAGCAGGUGGUCGAACUAGACUUUCUGUAUCCUAGUGAAGGGAUUCACAAGCGGUGGGAGGCUGGUUACCGAAUCACAUCGCUUGCUGCAACUUGGGACCAAGCUGCUUUUGUUCUGAGUGUUCCUAGUAAGAAGCCCCAGGACGAAACUCAGGAAACACUGAGGACUACUGCUUUUCCUAGUACCCAUGUUAAGGAUAAGUGGGACAAGAACCUCUACAUUGCCUCUAUUUGCUAUGGACGAACCGUUUCUUGA